GGCAACUGUGGCGGCGAUCAGCUGGAUGCGGCAGCGUGUGAAUGUGGCGGCCCGAGCAAACAGUUUCAGAUAACCACAGCUGAAAAACACGCGGUGAGAGACGCCACCUAAUACCGUGUGUGCCGUACAGAUCUUCCGUCAGUACGUAUGUUUGAAGAUGGAUUUUGCAACUGACGUAUGCAUGAAGAUGGAUUUUGCAGAUCAUGAUGAACAUGUAUGGUGCAUGUUAGAUAACGUGCCUGCUGGAGGAGGGUUUAGGAGUUACAAACCAACCUUAGGAAAAGAAUUGCAAGCUUGAAUCAAAAUGUUGCUAAAACUCAGAAGAUUUUUCAAGAAACAUCCACUGAUGAAGGACAUGAUUUCUUUUGGUGGGAUGUAUGUUGGGGCAGAAUGGACACAACAGACCAUGCUGAAGAGGAUGAGUAAAGUUGAUCAAGAUCCCAAAUAUGACAAGGAGGCUUUUGCUCGUUACAGCUUCUAUGGGUUUAUUUGGUAUCCAGUUAUUUACCAUUAUUGGUACCGAUGGUUGGAUGCCAGGUUUGUGGGAACCAGUGCUGUUGUGAUUGGAAAGAAGCUGCUAUUGGACCAGUUUGUAAUGGAGCCUCCACUUCUAGCUUCAUUUUAUGUUGGUAUGAGCGUAAUGGAAAGACAGGAGGACAUAUUCAAAGAGUGCAAACAAAAAUAUAUCCCAACAUUUCUGAGUGGCUGUGUGUUCUGGCUACCUGCAAUGAGCAUCAAUUUCUGGCUGCUACCUAACUCUAUGCGGUAAGAAAAAGAAGCAAACAUAUAUGAGGGCCAUUCAGAGGAAUAUUCCUAAUUAAAUAAGAAAUAGAAAGAAAAGAAAUUUAAAGUGUAAAAGGAGUGAAAGUAAGAGGAAAGUUUUAGAAGAAAAUUGACCAAUCCAUAAAGAGGAUAAAAUGCUGUUUUGGAAAUCAUUACAAAAGGUAAGAGGAAAAGAUUGGCACAUAUAAUGCACAGUAGUAAGUAGUAUUCUAAAUGAGACAGCACAGAAGUUUCACUGUCUUCAUCAAGCAUCACUGGUCCAUUGUUGAGUAGUCUUUUCUUACCCUUCUCAGUGAAUCAGCACAUUAUGCCAAGCACUUGUAGUCCAACAUUGCUGCCUCCAUUGUGGUCUUCCUUUGUUGUACAAAAUACUUUUCUUUAUUUCCUGCUAUUUUUCACUCCUUUCUUACAUCCACUCCUGCAGCAUUUCUUGCUACUUUCCAUUGCAGCUUAUUUGCUAUUUACAUCUGUUUUUUUUUAAUUAGUCUUUUUUCCAUCCCUGAUGUACUUUUUCUUACAUACUGUAAUUUCCUUGUUAAUCUUUCCAUUACCUUCCCCAUUCUUCCCACAUUAUUUUACAGACUUACUUAGUCUCCACAUUUAUUUUUUGUAAUACCAUGAAUAUGAAUACUAGUUUCAGAUUGUCUUAUACUUAGCAAAUUCCAUUAUAUCCUAUGUUGAUGUGCUUUAUUUAACUUGGUUCUUAAUCCUUUGAUCUUUGAUGCCUCUAGAAUUAUUUCCAAUAGAUUUUUCUGUUGUCAUGUAUACACUUUUUAGUUUAUUCUUUAUCAUUUUGUUCAACUUUCAUAUUUCUUAUUACUAGGCUAAAGCUCUAAAUACACAGCAUUUAUUGGUCUCAUCCUUUGAGCAAGUUGGGCGAGUUUCCCAAGUUCUGUCUGUGCUUACCAAGUACUUUGUAAUGCCAUACAAAGUAUAUAGGAUACAAAGUUUGUGUCCUAUAUUAGUGAUAUCGAUGCAUUUAUUUGUGCUCAUCGAACACAGUUCUUUCUCUUUUGAUAUAUUUGUGCAUACCAACUACUUUUUACAACUGACACACAAUAAGGGAUCAUCCCCCUAGCAUAGUUCCUGUGCCUUAGGACAGGGUUCUUCAAAGUUUAGGUCAGGACCCUGUACUGAGUAGCAAGAUCUUGUUCAUUGGGUUGCCAGAUUGUGGACAUACAUAUAAACAUGUGUGUGUGUGUGUGAAUGUGCACAUGAAUUGAUUUUCACAUCAAAGAAAGAUACAAUAGAAUGGACAUACAGGGUUGAGAAGGAGGUACAUAAACCAGUCUGGGUCAUGAUGAAAAAAGUUUGAAGAACAUUGCCAUAGGAGAUCAGUAGUAGACAGCAGUGCAGUAUUUUAUUAUUUGAAGCUUGCCUCACAAAAAAAUAAAAAAAUAAAUAAAUAAUAAUAAUAAUAAUAAUAAUAAUAAUAAUAGUAAUAAUAAUAAUAAUAAUAGUAAUAAUAAACAAAUAAAUAAUGAAAGUUAGGCUCUUGAGUGCAUUGCUCCAUGGUUGAUUUUCAUACUUGCAUACAUUCAUUCAGAUGAACCAGAGUUCGCUUCUAAUAAACUCAACUCACGUACUGAGCACAAAAAAUAAAUAAGUAAAUAAAUUAAAAAAUAAAUAAAUAAAAAAAAACAAUUGAACUCUUGCCAGAAUAGUAAUGUAUACAAAUCCAACUUAUGUUCCAAAAGGUUCAUCUUAAGAGGGUAGUUUUUAGACAUUUCUUUAAUUUUGGUUAAUCCUUCUGGUCCAUUCUUUAGCUAAGGACUGGCAUCUUCAAUGGACACUUUCUAAUCCUUUUAACACCCCUUGGCCAGUGCCCCCUCUUACAUAAAAUAUCAAGAUCUAGAAGAGAGUA